AUGAAGAAGAGCCGCAGCGUGCUGUCGGUGACUGGAGAAGAGGUGAGCCUGAAGAAUUAUGAAGCAGAAAAUGGCGUUUCACCAGGUCACACCCCUCUGGGCUCGCAGAGUCCAGGCCUCACCCUGCACACCUCCUUCCCCCAGGGCCAGAGAAGAGAGUCCUUCCUCUACCGCUCCGACUCGGACUACGACAUGUCACCCAAAACGGUCUCACGUAACUCCUCCCUCGCCAGCGAAGGGCACACAGGAGAGGACUUCAUUGUCACACCUUUUGCUCAAGUACUGGCCAGUUUGCGAUCAGUACGGAGCAACUUCACCAUCCUUGCAAACGUCUCCACACCAACAGUCAAGAGGUCUCCUCUGGGUGGAGUGUGCGUCAGUCCCAGGGCGACGCUAUCAGAUCAGCAGUACCAGCAGCUCGCCCUGGACACGCUGGAGGAACUGGACUGGUGCUUGGACCAGCUGGAGACCAUUCAGACACAUCGCUCUGUCAGCGAAAUGGCUUCCAACAAGUUUAAGAGAAUGCUGAACAGAGAGCUGUCCCACCUGUCAGAGAUGAGUCGCUCUGGUAACCAGGUGUCUGAAUACAUCUCCAGCACCUUCCUGGACAAGCAGAAUGAGGUGGAAAUUCCGUCUCCAACCCUGAAAGACAAACCUAUGAGUCACAUCAGUGGAGUGAGGAAACUGUCUCACAGCUCCAGCCUCUCCAGCACAUCAAUGCCUCGCUUCGGUGUCAACACAGACCACGAGGACGAGCUUGCCAAGGAGCUGGAGGAUCUGGACAAGUGGAGCUUUAACAUAUUCAGAGUAGCAGAAUUCUCCAACAACAGACCCCUCAGCUGCAUCAUGUACACCAUCUUCCAGGAGCGCGAGUUGCUGAAGACGUUUCGUAUCCCGGUCGACACCUUUGUCACUUAUGUGAUGACCCUCGAGGACCAUUACCAUGGAAACGUAGCAUACCACAACAGCCUCCAUGCUGCAGAUGUCACCCAGUCCACACACGUCCUCCUCUCCACACCUGCUCUUGAUGCCGUCUUCACCGACCUGGAGAUCCUCGCCGCUCUGUUCGCUGCAGCUAUCCAUGAUGUGGACCACCCUGGAGUUUCCAAUCAGUUCCUCAUCAACACCAACUCAGAGCUGGCCCUCAUGUAUAACGAUGAGUCAGUUUUGGAGAACCAUCAUCUCGCCGUGGGCUUCAAGCUUCUGCACCAGGAAAACUGUGACAUUUUCCAAAACCUCACCAAGAGACAGCGCCAGAGCCUUCGCAAGCUUGUCAUCGACAUGGUGCUGGCCACAGACAUGUCCAAACACAUGACCCUGCUGGCUGAUCUGAAGACCAUGGUGGAGACCAAGAAGGUGACGAGCUCUGGUGUGCUCCUCCUGGACCACUACACAGAACGAAUACAGGUAUUGAGGAACAUGGUGCACUGUGCAGACCUGAGCAACCCCACCAAAACGUUACCGUUGUACAGACAGUGGACGGAGAGGAUCAUGGAGGAGUUUUUUCGACAGGGUGACAAAGAGCGAGAGAGGGGGAUGGAGAUCAGCGCCAUGUGUGACAAACACACUGCGUCUGUGGAGAAGAGCCAGGUGGGUUUCAUCGACUACAUCGUCCACCCGCUGUGGGAGACGUGGGCCGACCUGGUGCACCCAGACGCCCAGGAGCUGCUGGACACGCUGGAGGAGAACAGGGAGUGGUACCUGAACACCAUGCCCCAGUCUCCCUCACCUCCCCCGGACAGACACCACCAGCAUGACCGCUUCCAGUUCGAAAUCACCCUGGAGGAAGAGACUGAAGAAAAUGUAGAAGAUGAAGGAGAAUUGGAAGAAGCAGAAGAGGAGGAAGAAGGGGAGGAGGAGGCGCCAGCUGAGGAAGAAGAGGAAGAGGAAAGUUAGUUGGGUGUAAAAUCACAAAUAAACCGAAUCAGUGAGGAAAAUUUAAGAAGAGACAAAGACGUGCAUAAGGAAAUGCAGAGAGGCUUCGACAGUCAGCAGUAUGACGGAGGAGGACAAAGAGAUGAAGACGACGUGCUCUGUGACCUGCUCAGAUACAGACGUCCUAAACGAACUUCACAGCUCACAGACCGACAGUAGAGCAGCGGACACAAAAACAAAAACCUUCCCGGGAACAAACAGGUUGUUAUAGCGUCUUGAUCAACUGGUAGUGAUAGAAAGACUAGAGUCUUCAUCGCCAAGUAUCUGUACAUCCAUCACUGC